AUGAGUUUCACGGUGGAGAGCCACUUUUUCUGCCCGAGCGGGCUCCGCAAGGCUCGGCCGGCCUCGGUGUCCUCCAGCGGCUUCCACUCCGAGCGCCGCCGCCUCACCUCGGGCCAGCCGUCCUCCGGGGACGCGUCCCGCGGGAGCGAGAAGGAGAUCCUGCGGGCGCUCAACGACCGCUUCGCCGGCUACAUCGACAAGGUGCGCAGCCUGGAGAUGCGCAACCGCAACCUGGAGGCGGAAGCGGCGGCUUUGCGGACGCGCCAGAGCGGGCGAGCGUCGGUGGCGGAGUACUACGAGCGUGAGCUGGACGACCUCCGCGGGCUCGUGCGCCAGCUUAGCGGGGACAAGGGCCGCGCGGCCGCGGAGUACGAACGCCUGGAGGAGGACAUCCAGCGGCUGCGGGCCCGCCUGGAAGAGGAAGCUCGCGGCCGGGAGGAGCUGGACGCGGGCGCGCGGGCUAUGAAGAAGUACGUGGACGAGUGCCAGCUGGGCCGAACGGAGCUGGACAGGAAAGCGUGCGCCCUGGACGACGAGGCCGCCUUCCUCAAGAAGAACCACCACGAGGAAGUGGCCGAGCUCCUAGCGCAGAUUCAGGGCGCGCAGAUGACCUUUGACCUGCGUGACUCACUCAAAGUGGAUGUGACCGGAGCCUUGCGGGAGAUCCGCGCACAGCUCGACUCCCACGCAACCAAGAGCGCCAUGCAAGCAGAGGACUGGUACAACGUGCGCAUGGAGCGUCUGACAGAGGCGGCCAGGUCCAACCAAGACGGCAUCCGCGGGACUCAAGAGGAGAUCGUGGAAUACCGCCGUCAGGUCCAGAGUCGCACCAUCGAGCUGGAGACUCUCCGAGGAACCAAGGAGUCCCUGGAGAGGCAGUGUAUGGAGAGUGAGGACAGACACCAGGAAGACCUCGACUCACUUCAGGACACCAUCAAUCAUUUGGACUCAGAGCUGAAAAACACAAAAUGGGAGAUGGCCAGCCAGCUAAAGAAUUAUCAGGAACUACUGAAUGUGAAGAUGGCUCUCGAUAUUGAAAUAGCCGCUUACAGAAAGCUACUGGAGGGAGAAGAGAGUCGUCUUGUGUCAGGAAGUCCCUAUUGCUACUUGGAUCAUAGAAUUUCGGCACAUUUGAAAGUGAAAGAAGAUAAAGUGAUUGUUGAAGAGCAGACAGAUGAGACUCAGGUCACAGAGGUGACAGAAGAGGAGGAAGACAGUGAGGAAGCUAAAGAAGAGGAAGGCGAAGAGGAAGAAAAAGCAGAGGAAAAGGAGGAUGACAAACGAGAGGAAGCGGGCAAGCAAGAGGAGAUGCCCGAAUUGCCAGAGAAAGUCCCGAAUUCUCCUCAGGCAAAAUCUUCCCCAAAAUCACCAGAGAAAGUCUCCAAUUCUCCUCAGCCAAAAUCCCCACCAGCCAAAUCUCCAAUGCCCAAAUCCCCUGCACAGUCACCAAAAUCCAAAUCUCCUCCAAGCAAAUCCCCAAAGUCUAAAUCUCCUCCUCCCAAGACACCUGAACCUCCAGAGGAGAAAGUCAAGCCUGCGCCUGCUCCCAAAGACGACACAAAGGAGGAGAAAAAGGACAAGCCUCAGCCUGAUAAAGAUGAAAAAAAGGAUCCAUCAGUUAAAGAGGAAAAGAUGGAACAACCGGUAGAGGAGGAGUACAAGGAGAAAGAAGCAGAGAAUAAAGAGGAGGAUGACAAACCUGAUGUAAAAAAAGCAAGCCAAGCAUCUGAGGUGCCAAAGAAGGAAGAAACUCCAAAAGCUGCAAAGCCUGCUGAGAACAAUGCUUCGGUCUCCAAACCUAAAGAGGAGGCUUCUACCCCAGUUGAGAAGCCCUCUGCCCCUAAAUUGGCAAAGGCAGAGCCAGAGAAAACAGAGAAGCAGCAGGAGGAGAAACCUAGGCCAAAAGUUGAACCCGAGAAACCAGAGAGCAAGAAACCAGAAGAGAAAACGGAGACCAGUAAAGGAGCAGACAACAGCGGGAAGACGGAGAAGGUGGUGAAAUCUCCUGGCACAGAAUCCAAAGACACAAAGGAAGAGAAGGCCAAUAAGUAAAGCUAGAGUGGACAAAAACAAACAAAAAAAAAACUUUAUGGAUGAGAGCAAGACGGAUGCUCAAGCAUAAGCAAUCUUUAUUUUUACUGUCCUGCUCCUAAUGUAUGCACCAUUCACGCUCAUAUUGUCUGGAGGUAACACUGUUUAUCAAGCUCUUUAAGUGAAUGUGACAGCUGCCCUUCAACAAUAAGUGCAUUUACACCAUACCUGCACUAAGCCUUCAAGGACAGAUGCCAAGCUGAACAUAUUCACCACAAAUAAUAUAUUUAAAUAUAUACAAAUAUCUACGGUAUAAUAUAUUUGCUAUAUUAGUAAUUAGUAAGACAGACCUGGAUGCUUGUUGUGCACUUUAUUUCUCCUCACAGGUGAGAUGUCUCACUCAUCUGUCCAAUAUUGACUGUGAUCUGUAGAAACCUGCUAAACUGACCAAUUGCAUAACAAAAAUAAAGAACGAUAACAUAA